UGGUUAUCGAUGGCAUUCUUAUCUCUGGCAUUAUUUUUGUUGUCUAAAAAAAAGAUAGGAGGUUGAAGAACUUCUGGAAAGACUGAAGGAACGUGCGAAAGUUCGUUUGAUGUAGUAGACUCUCAGAUUUUGGAUACUGUUUUCAAGGCCAACAAGUAUCUAUGGAAGCACCAGAGAAUCUUCCAAAACUUCUGAACCAGUUCAGGGAGAACCUGUCAGAUAUAUUGACUCCAGAUCAUACAGAUGCUGUUCUUUUAAAAUGGCUUAGAGCAAGAAACUACGAUGUGGAGAAAGCUGAGCGAAACUUUCGAGAGGUGGAUACAAACAGGAAAAUGUUUCAAAUCAACACGCUGUUGGAGAACUAUGUAAAACCUGAGGUGGCGGAGAAGUACGAAAGGACGGCUUGUCUGGGCUUUGCAAAAGAUGGCACGCCAGUUCGAUACUGUGGAUUUGCUGACUUCAGAGGUUUUAUCAUGGCAAUGUCAAGCUACGACAUGUGCUUAUUUUUCUCCUAUUACAUGGAAAUGGACUAUGCCACUUUGAGGCAAGAAAACAAAAAAAACGGAGGAAAUUUGCACGAAAUGACCUAUAUUUUCGACAUGGAGGAUUUCAGUAUACAGGAUUGUGUACAUAAAUGUGCACCGGGUUAUUUCUACAGAGCUUUUAAUUUUCUGAAACCAAUCUUCCGACCAACUCUUCUAGAGAAGAUUCAAGUUAUUUCCAAACAUCAAACUAGGGAACUCCUGCUGAAGUACAUUGAUGAGGACGUUCUUCCCGCCUUUUUGGGAGGUAAAAGAGUCGAUUCGAACGGAGAUCCCAGAUGCGGCGAAUUGUUAGAAAAUCCUCAAGACUUGGGCUCCAACGCCCAAAAAGUUACUAUACUUGAAUUGUAG